UGGUCUUCAGAAACCAUGCCUCCCCCGCAACUCUGUCUUCUCGAUCUCUUCCUAAAUCCUAGCCCUCUCUGACCCUUCUCCUCCUACUGGGAUCCCCGCUGCACCCAUCCCCGCCAUGGGCUCUUAACUCUUUAGACACUGGGCACCCUGUUUUCCAUGACAAAUUCCAGGGAGAGCCCGGGCGCAUCGCAGCUGAAGGGCCAGCUUGGCUACAUCGCUUCUGCCAACGUAAAGUUGACUGACUUACAGGAAGAAGGCAAGAGCGCCAUCAACUCUCCAAUGGCCCCGGCUUUGGUGGAUAUUCACCCUGAAGACACCCAGCUAGAGGAGAAUGAGGAGCGUACCAUGAUCGAUCCCACCUCUAGAGAAGACCCCAAGUUCAAGGAGUUGGUCAAGGUGCUUCUGGACUGGAUCAACGAUGUGCUGGCGGAGGAGCGCAUCAUUGUAAAGCAGCUGGAGGAGGACCUGUACGAUGGCCAGGUGCUACAGAAGCUUCUGGAAAAGCUGGCGAACUGCAAGCUGAAUGUGGCAGAGGUGACACAGUCCGAGAUCGGGCAGAAGCAGAAGCUGCAGACAGUUCUGGAGGCCGUGCAAGACCUGCUUCGGCCUCACGGCUGGCCACUGCGUUGGAACGUGGACUCUAUCCACGGGAAGAACCUGGUGUCCAUUCUGCACCUCCUCGUGUCCCUGGCUAUGCACUUCAGGGCCCCCAUCCAUCUCCCUGAGCAUGUCACCGUGCAGGUGGUGGUCGUCCGGAAGCGGGAAGGUCUGCUGCACUCCAGCCACAUCUCGGAGGAGCUGACCACGACCACAGAGAUCAUGAUGGGCCGGUUUGAGCGGGAUGCCUUCGACACACUUUUCGACCAUGCGCCGGACAAGCUCAACCUCGUGAAGAAGUCCCUCAUCACAUUUGUGAACAAACACCUGAAUAAGCUCAACUUGGAGGUGACUGACCUGGAGACCCAGUUUGCAGAUGGCGUGUACCUGGUUCUACUCCUGGGCCUCCUUGAAGACUACUUUGUACCCCUCCACAACUUCUACCUGACCCCUGACAGCUUUGACCAGAAGGUGCACAACGUGGCCUUUGCCUUUGAACUGAUGCUGGACGGAGGACUCAAGAAGCCCAAGGCACGCCCUGAAGAUGUGGUGAACUUGGAUCUCAAGUCCACUCUGCGUGUCCUUUACACACUGUUCACCAAGUACAAGGACGUGGAGUGACGGAGCCACUGAUCUUUCAGGGACAAAUGCUAAGCACGAAAAAACGGGUGCAUCCAUCCCUGGUCCCUGCUUUCUCAGCAAACAUCUCCCCAGGGAGGCCGCAGGCUUCUCAGGCCCAGCUGUGAGAUGCCUCUGCUCCCUGCUCCCUGCCUGGUUUGGUUUUAAAUCCUUUCCCCGUGUGGUUUUCUAGCUGGUUAGGUCGUUGAGAACUUGGUGCUUCAGAUAGCCUCUCUGGUUUGAGGUCUCACUUCCUCUUUUUCUCUGCUUCCCUUGAACGAUGAAAAGAACAGAGGCCCAGCCUAGGCCUCAGCUGGAGAGGGCUGUCCACCUGUGCUCCAGCCCACGGAGCAAUUACUGCAACAGCCCUGGCUCCAGGGACUCCGCCCCGUUUGUCCUCAGGAAUCCCCUGGGCUGGGCUCUCCUUGGAAGCAGGGUCUCGGCCUCAGUAAAAAGAUCCUCUCAGUUUUUCACUCCUGAGUCUCAGAAGAUUCAGCCUCCUGACACGUGUCUCCACCCCCAUCCGUCUUGCGGUUUGCUGCUUUUAACUGACCUUUUACACGAACUCUCAGGACCCAGAAUGCCUUGGGGCCCCAGGGCGGCUCUUACAGGGCAUGUCUGGGGCUCUUGCUGGCUCUGAAUGUGCAGCUGAGCUGGCUUGGAGUCGAAACCUUCCGUCUCUGAGGCCCUGUUAGGGAAUGGACACAUUUUUAGAGACUUUACAAGAGGGUGGGAAUCCAUUACGAGGACUGCCUGACCACAGGCUACCGGCAGCCAGAAUUACAGGGGCGUGCAUCUGGCGGCUCUGGAGGCCAAGGGUAGGAGAUGGAGGUGCUAGCAGGGCCUUUCUCUGCUUUCACACCACUCCUCCUCCUCUGUUAGUUUCCUCUUCAUUCUGAAGUGGAACCAUCCCCUGUAUGACCUCGCUGACCCCAUGAUAUCUCCCUCCGACCAGCCAGGAGUAGGUUUGUGGGGUGUGUCUCAGCGGGCAGUGGGACAUAUGAAAUGUCCACAUCCCUCCUAGAUGGCAUCCUCCUGCCUCUCACCUGCCUUCCAGCAGCAUUCAUGGCAGCUACAGGGAGCCUUCCUUUCCUGAUUCCCACCUUACCACAAACCAGGGCUGUGGGGAGAGGUGUUGCUACUGAACUAACUGAACGCCAACAGUGAUGUUCCAGGAAACAGUUUAAUAUCUUCUCUUGGUUCCACUGUGGCUAAGCUGGGGACGGGGCUUGGAAUAGCCUCUCAGGUGGAGGAGGCUUCCCAGCAGGGGAGAGAGAUAAUUAAAACGGCAUUACCGGGUCUCCCUGUGGGAUGCGGUGACAUUAAAGGGCCACACUGACAAAAUACCCGGGACUGGAAGGUUCUGUGCUUGCCUUCCUCGCAGACACAGAACCACAGCGGCAUCUGGGAAAUGCUGGGACUGGUUUCCUCUGCUCUUAGAUGCAAAGACCUAUGGUGCAGAAGGGAGGGAAAGGACUGGUCUGGGAGGGGUGGUGGCUUCCUGGGGUUCCCAAUCUGGAGGACAGGAGUCCUGCUUGGAAUCCAAGCAGGCUCCCUUGCCUGAGGCAGAACUUGAGAAGCCAGGAUUCCUAGAAGGCGUGACCUCCCCAACUGACUGAGCAUGGAGGUGUGGUUCUCACACACCAGUGAAGGGCUGUCCUUGCUGUCCCCUCACUGUGGAGCUGGCAUUUAUACCAUAGCCUGGACAAAGACACCAAUAGCUGUCUAGGCCAACUUCAGGGCUGCUUGUGUAAGGCAAGACUUUCUUCAGAGAACAAAGGGAGAUCCCCCCCCCCCAACACACACACACAAAAUGACCUCAACUAACCAGUGCCACCCCAAACCUUCCCAUUCUCCCUGGGGGCCCCCUGGAAUGCAGAUACUUCUCUUUGAGCUGUUAAUUCAAGGACCUUCUGGAACCUUCUACUGCUUGGAUCUUCAUUCUCUCCUGAUAUUGUUGAGAGCUCCGGCCACUAAAACCGGUAGAAAUGUCAUCAUCUGUCACUCCCAUGGGGUCUUGAGGAAGGGACAGGCAAGUCUGCACCCCCCUGCCCCCAGGUCUGCAGGCCAGGGCUGGGUUCCUCCCUUCUGUCCCACACUGAUUAGCAUGUCCCUCCAGCUCUCCAGCCCUCUGUGGACCUGCAGGCAGCUCUUGUGCCACCUUUGCACCCAGUUGUGCAAGUCCUGAGCUCAGGGCCUCCCACCCAGUCCUUCCUCAUCGCCCGGCAAAGGGGGAUCUUAUAUCCAGGCAGCCAAAUCCGUGACACACACCCCCUCCCCGUGCGGCAUCGCUUCAUUGUCUUUUUAAUUGUUUAAAGCAAUGUGUCCUUUGGAUUUCUGGAUAUUAAAUAAAAACCACUAAACCCCC